AUGGAAACGUCUCCCCCACGCGCCGGAAGCCAGCUCGUGCCGACGGCAGCGCGCCGCUCCGCGUCCUACCGCGCGGAGUCCCGACGGGUGUCAUCGCGAGACAAGCUCGCCGAAACGGCCGCAGCCAGUCAAGGAAACUCGGAGGGAAAUUUUGAGUCACUGGACCUUGCAGAACUUGCUAAAAAGCAGCCAUGGCGGCGCAAGCUGUUUGGGCAGGAAUCUGGGCCUUCAGCUGGAAAGUAUAGCGUGGCAACCCAGCUGUUAAUUGGAGGUGUCACUGGAUGGUGCACGGGUUUCAUAUUCCAGAAGGUUGGAAGGUUGGCUGCCACAGCUCUGGGAGGUGGAUUUUUCCUGCUUCAGCUUGCAAACCAUACUGGCUACAUCAACGUGGACGGGCAGCGGGUAGAGAAGGACAUGAAGAAAGCCAAGGAACAGCUGAAGAUCCGCAAGAGCAACCAGAUACCUACGGAGGUGAAAAGCAAACUAGAGGAAGUGGUGUCGUGA